AUGCUCACAUUGUUGCGCCGCAUCUGGCCCACGUUCCACAGCGACAUGUCGAACCUCUUCGUCCACGUUCGUACAAAGUACUUCCAGAAAGCGGUCCAUUUAGUUUUCGUCUCGGUCUCGUCGAUGAUUCUUCGAACGACAUUUAGGACAGGAUUAGUACAGAAAAUUCGACACCGCGGAGCUUGGCGAACAAGGAGCCCCACAGCAACAGCAGCAACCAGUCCGGGCCAAUGUUACGGGUUCAAGUACGGGAGACACCCCAGCUGGUGCAACCGCGGCGAAUCCGGGAAAUGGCCAGCGACAGUAGAGGUGGGGACUCUACUGUUCGCUAUUGACGAACACCCCGCAGAGGAGGGAGGUCAAAGCGGUGUCCUGACGCGAACGGGGCGGAAGAACGCGAGGAGGAAGAGACGUUGGGUGGCAUUGAGAGGGAGUGGUGGCGGUGCGGAUACGGAGAGCGGUCGGGUCCAGGAAAAAAACAGCGACUCCGGUGGCCAAAAGCAGGGGAAGAGUGGUGGUCCUGGCGAUGAGAAGUCGAGUGCGGAAGUGGGCGAGUGCGGCGCGCAGAACGAGAGCGAUACGGAAAGGAAGCGCAAGGAGGGAGAGUCAGCAGCGGAACCAGUGGCCUCAACGGUGGUGGCAGAACCAGGAUCGGUCGCCGGCGAACGGAUGGUAGGAGAAUCUGUGCCAGCAGUUGAGGGGAAUAAGGGCGGCAAGAAAGCUGUCGAGCAAAAGACGGUGAUUCCAAGAGCAGUGAUUCGGCAGGCCUUGCCGUUGAGCAACGGCAGAACAGCCGCGGCGAAACGACGGCAAGCCGAGGAAGAGGUUGCAGCGAUGCACGGCGUACUGGCUGCAGAGUUGAGGAUAAGACGUGAAGAACGAGCUACUGUGCUCCGAGUACAAGUGAAACAGUUGAUCAGUGAGUUUCGCGAACGAGCGGAUAUCCAGCAGCAGCGGAAGAGUCGUAGGGAGGCCCAUCUGGCGGCAACGGCGGUACGGAAAGCGGAAGAAGAACGGCAGAUACGAACGAGCGCGGUGCAGUCACGACCGGAAGAACUCACCGAGGGUGCGUGGAUGGAGGAGGUAGCGCGCUACGAAGAAAACGUCCCGAAGGAGCUACCAGGACUUGGGUCAUUGACUGAGAUGCGGGCAGUCCGAAGAAGGGCACUUAAGGCGGCCAAGAGGUUCCGGGCGGCAAACAGAAGGUGGCGACUGCAACAGCGACGAGAAACACAACUGCAGAAUGAAGGUCGAGGACGUGACGGGCGGAAGCGAGGUAGUCGGCCAGUCAAACCGCGGUACAAGUACGUCCUGCAAGGCUGCUAUGGAGAUGUCGAGCUACGAGACAAAGGUGACGGGCGACAAGUACGUGUCGCGCAGCUACGAGCGAUCGGAAGUGGCAAUCCAAGCUCUUUACCAACGGCGUUGCUGGCAUUUUCAAAGAGACACACGCAGGAAGCUCGGCUGGACAGCUGUGCGCAGUUCAAUGUGGCCGGUGCCGCCUUACGGAGGUACGGGAGGUGCAUUACGCGAGAAGCCCCAGUAGACAUCGUGGAAGGCUUCGGGGGUGGCAUCAACAAGGUGCUGGGAGUUUGGCGAUUCUCGGGGACAACACGGUACCAGCAGAGGAUCGUCGUAGACGCGCUACUGGUUGAAGGCCAAGGCGACGAGUUCCUGAUCGGCGAGGAUUGGAUGCUGAAGCAUCAGAUCAAGAUGGACUUCGGUAGUCGAGAGCUGAAGUACGUGGACAAGCAUGGAACGAAGGUGAUCUUGCCCUUCACAUGUCAUGGAGUGACGACCUUGCUACAACCUGACCAGUCGAAGAAGGUGGUGGUGAGGAUGGCGCGGACGCGGAAGUUGAACACGGGCACGAGCAAUGUGGUGAGCGUGCAGGUAGACGCUGACGACGGCACUGUGGGCAUCUUCGUACCGAAACCUACGACGAAGCGGCAUCUGCUAAUGGCACCUACCGUGGACACUGUGAAGAACGGCAUGGUGAGGGUCUCGGUGAUGAAUGUCGAAGGACGACGAGAGAAAUUGCCUGCACGAGAAGCCCUGGGUAUGUGGAUUCCUGUGACGGACGACAUGCAGUUACUGAACUUGAGAGAGAACGUGUGGCGCAAUGGGUUGCUACGUUGA